AUGUCGUCCUUUAACCCCCUUCCGGCUGAAGCCGCCAACAAAAUCGCCUCGUACGCCAUCCUCGAUGACCCCAAACACAUCGACAUUGAAAUUGGCCAGGCAGAACACCGCAUCAAGCUCAUCAACUCAUGGCAAAUCCCGCAAGGGAGCAAAGUCCUGGAAAUCGGCUGCGGCCAGGGAACAACCACCGCUGUCCUUGCCGAAGCCGUCGGUCCCAACGGCCAUGUUGACGCCGUAGAUCCCGGCCCUCCGGACUAUGGCGCGCCAUUCACACUUGCCCAGGCGCAGGCUCACCUGUCUGCCGGUCCUGUCGGUGACCGAAUUACAUGGCACAACGCCGAGCCCGUCAAGUUCCUGGGCGAUAACCCCGGCCAGAAGUGGGAUUACGUGGUAUUGGCACACUGUAUCUGGUACUUUGACGGGCCGGACACGCUGGACAAGAUGCUAGCUGCGUUGAAGGGGCGUGCUGCGAAACUCCUGGUUGCGGAGUAUGCGCUCACUGCGAGGGAGAAGGCUGCUGUGCCACAUGUCAUGGCUGCUAUUGCUCGUGCUACGCUUGAGGCGCAUAACAAGGGGAGCGAGGCUAAUAUUCGCUGCCUUUUGGGCCCGUUGAACAUUAAGGAUGCUGCGAAGAGGGGUGGGUGGGAGCUUGAGAAGGAGGAUGUUGUUGUUCCGGAGGUAGGACUCCUGGAUGGAUCGUGGGAGAUUGGGACUGUGAAGAGUAAGUGGUUUUUGGGGGAGAUUGACAAGUACAUCAAGGAUGUGACGCUCAGGACUACGCUGCUCUCGGCGAGGGAGGCCGUCAUUGGUGCUGUUGGAUUGUUGGACGGCGAAAAGGUUAGGACUAUGGAUGUUUGGGUUUCUCGGUUUAAUUAG